CCUCUGAAUUGAAUUCCCGUGAAACAAAACUUGGAUAUGACGAUUCUUCGUAAAACCAUAUCUGCGGAAGUGCAGCAUAAGGAAGAACAACAUUUUUUUGAGCUGAGGGAGCAAUUGAAAGAGUCUAUUAGAAAGAAAAUGAGAAAGGAAUCAGGCUUUCUUUGGAACAUUUCCCAGAAAAACAAGAAAUUACCUAGCGACAACUAUGGAGCUUUCUUUGGCCAAUCUCAACCUUCUAUUGCCUGGAGAGUAAUCAAAGAAAGCAAAAUUUUGCUUGAGGCUAAGAAACCAGCAGCAGAUUUUAAGGAUUUGUCUGCUUCAAAAGCUGAUGUGGCGGUGAGGAGAGAGAAAGCUCAGAAACUUAGGGUCUCCAGAGAUUACUCUUUUAUAUUCUCUGAUGAUUAUGAGAGUCUUACUUCUCUGUCUUCUACCAUGGGAAAAGCAACUCGACAACGUCCUAUUUCUUACGUUCAAGGAGCUAUGUCAAACUCUCUACAAAAGAAGCAUCUGGAUGAAGGGAAGAAGAAAUAUGAACCCAAAAAGUCGAAGCAGGUGAAAUCUGUUGAAAAGUUGAUAUCAGAAGAGAAAAUCAAAGUUAUUGAACAUAAUAAGGCAAAAGUGAUUCAAAAUAAGCUUAAGUGUUCUUCAAAAAGUCAGACUUUUGAUGUGGAUAAAACUAAGCAGAAGAAAGAACUUAAUGAACCGAACAGACUUGAGUCUUCUUCACAGAACAAGGACCUUAAUGGGUCGUCUAAACCAUCCUUGAUAAUAAGGUUGAAAAUUCCAUCAAGGCUGAAAAUGGCAAAGGAAAUGGAAGUCUGCAACCCUAAAAAUGAAGAAUCUAUUCCUUCCCAGAAAAAGUUUUAUAAAAUGCAUGAGCAGAAAAAAGAGCUUGAGGAUAGUCUUUGUUCCAACACUGAAGUUAAAAAGGGUUAUAUUUCCUGUGUGUGUGAAAGUUUAUUCAGGCCGAACCAUAAGAAGCGCGCAAGAGAUGAUUAUGAAGAAGAUGGUGAGUGCAAGGUGGCCAGUUUUGCUGACAUCCAAAGAGAAGAGAGACAAAGUGCAAAGAUUGCGAGGAGGGAGGAUAGAAUAGAGCAGUUGCGAAAUGAGCACGAGGAGAAGAAGGAAAGAUUAAGAAGACAAACAAAGAAGCACAAGUUAACUCCAUAACUGAGACUCCUUUUGAUUGAUCCACCUCUGAGACAUAAAACUGCUCUAUGUUUCCUUUAUUUGAGAAACUGGAGAUAAUAUAAAAUGCAUGGCAAACUCUGCCAUACCCAUAGCUGGAUCUAUAGCAUUACCAUUGUAUAGGUGUAUGGAACUAUUACAAUCAGUAAGAUUCAUUUAUCAAAUGAAAAAAUUAUUUGUU